AUGACGACUUUUUCCGGAGGAGCAUGCACAGAUGAGAAUGUUUUUCUCCAGCUCUGCGAGAGCUCCCAGUCACAGAUCUGCUCUGAUUCUCAGACAUGUGCAUUUCUUCCUCUCUUCUGUCUGCAGCUCGCGACCAUCAGGAGUGAAUCGCGUCUGAAGCACCUUCUCCUGCGUUUGCCCAGUUACUGCCCCGAGUCUCUGAGUGAACUUUGGAUCUGCAUCAACAACACAUUGCCGGGAGCAUCAAAGAAGUCAGACGGAUGGGUGGGUUUGGGCUGCUGUGAGCUGGCCAUCUCCGCUGAGUGCCGCAGGGACUGCAAGCAGGCGUCGUCUAAAAAUGACAUCGCUAAAGUAUGCAAGAAAGACACCGAGAAACCACUCUACAGCUGUAUCACCAAAAAUGAAAGUAAGCAAAGCUGCAUGACAAGGUCUUUGGUUAUCAGUCCGUCUGUACCUCGUUUCUGUGAUUCGGUCCUCCGAGACUUUCCUACCAUCAAGAUGCCCUUCAUGAACAUCCCUGUGCUGGACAUCAGCGGGUGCCAGCCGGAGAUGUGGAAGACCGUGGCCUGUGCGCUGCAGAUCAAACCCUGCUACAGCAAGUCCAGAGGAAGCGUCAUCUGCAGGUCGGACUGUGUGGAUAUCCUGACGCAGUGUGGUGAUGGCAAGCGCUUUCUCGAGGGACAGACGCCCGAGCGCAUCUGUGACCUGCUGUCGGCCACGGACGACCCGGAGCGCUGCAUCCCUCUCCACAGAUACCUCACUCCCAGUCCCUUUGAGAACAGCAUUGAAGAAGUCAUCCACCCCUGCAACCCCAGCCCCUGUCCCAGCAGUCAGCUGUGUGAAGUCAACAGAAAGGGCUGCCACCCCGGACACGACUGCCUGCCCUACUUCUGUGUCCCCGGCUGUAAGCUGGGGGAAGCGUCGGAGUUCCUGGUGCCGCUGGACAGCCGGAUCCAGGUGCCCACCAGGAGCGGUCAGGUGGGCUGUUACGAGGUGUGCACCUGCGGUCAGAGCGGCCGUCUGGAGAACUGCGCUGAAAUGCCCUGCUUCGACACCAGCAAGACCUGCCUCUCGGGAGGACAGCGCAAGAGUCACGGUGUGUCGUUCCGGCUCGACUGUCAGCCCUGCUCCUGCUUCGCCGGUGAAAGCAUCUGCUCGUCUCGUCAGUGUGUGCGCUCCGACGGCUCGGACGAGGACAGACGGCUCUUCACAGGGCUUCCCUGCAGCUGCGCCGAUCAUUUCGUGCCGGUUUGUGCUCGCAACGGACGCACAUAUCCCAGCGCUUGUGUGGCGCGCUGCGUCGGCUUCAAGGACAACCAGUUUGUGUUCGGCUCCUGCAGGAGCAUCAACCCCUGCUCCCCGAACCCCUGCCAGAGGAGCCAGAGGUACACACUCAAACACACACACACUCUCUCACACAACCAGCUGGAUCCGGUCUGUGACACAGACAACAUGGAACACGCCAACCUGUGUCUGCUGUUCCAGCGGAGCAAGAGCCUGGCCUACAUGGGACACUGUCAGGACGCCUGCAGGAAGCCCAGAGAGGUGUGUGGUCAUAACGGGGAGACCUACAGUACGGUGUGUGAAGCGUUCUCGGACCGUGUGGCUGUGGACUAUCCGGGCCGCUGUCAUGCGGUCGGUGUCGUGUCAGAGUUCACGUCAGACUCGGGCUGCAACGCUGUUCCCUGCCCUCCGCUCUCCAGCCGCGCCUGCAACCCCGUCACACCGCUCGGUGCCUGCUGUCCGGUGUGUGCGGGAAUGCUGCAGAUCCUCUGGAAUAAAGCACAGAUGAACAGCUUCGCUAAGGUAAAUGUUUCAUCUUCUCAUUCUGCAUUGCACUGAGCUGAGAGCUGGUCAUGUUUAAAGUGUCCUGUGAUUUUAGCCAAGCGCAUUGAGAUCAGGCAGCCAGCAGGAGGCAGUGUGGAUCAUUUAAUAGCAUAAAUGCACCAGCGGACUGUUCCUAUAGGAUCAUGCUUCUCCAGAACAGCAUGCCUUACAUCAGCCACUCCAGAUCUCUGA